CUGAUGCUGCGUAUGAAGUGCUUGGACUCACUGAAGCAAGAAGGUGGACAGAGCUCUUUGUGGCUAUUAUAAGGCAUAUCAUAAAUGUCUGCUGUAAGGUGUUAUUAGAAGCACAGAAAGAAUUGGUGGACUACAAAGGACUCGGUAUAAGUGUUCUUGAAAUGAGCCAUCGGACCUCAGAUUUCUCAAAAAUUUUAAAUACAGCUGAAAGUCUCAUGCGUGAAUUGCUAAAUAUACCAGAAAACUACAAAGUUAUUUUCCUCCAAGGAGGUGGAUCUGGUCAGUUCAGUGCAGUCCCACUUAAUCUGAUUGGCUUAAAGGAGGGAAGACAUGCGGAUUAUGUGGUUACUGGAGCUUGGUCAGCAAAAGCAGCUAAAGAAGCAGAGAAGUAUGCCAAAGUGAAUAUCGUUCAUCCAAAACUAGGAACCUAUACAAACAUUCCUGACCCAAGCACGUGGAAUCUUAAUCCAGAUGCAUCUUAUGUCUAUUACUGUGCUAAUGAGACUGUUCAUGGUGUGGAGUUUGACUUUGUACCUGAUGUCAAAGGAGCAGUCUUGGUUUGUGAUAUGUCAUCAAACUUCCUGUCCAGACCUGUGGAUGUUUCCAAGUUUGGUGUGAUUUUUGCUGGUGCUCAGAAGAACAUUGGCUGUGCUGGAGUUACUGUUGUAAUAGUACGUGAGGACUUGUUGGGAUUUGCACUGAAAGAAUGCCCCAUAGUACUGGAUUACAAAACACAAGCAAUGAAUGGCUCUUUGUAUAACACUCCACCAUGCUACAGUAUUUAUAUCAUGGGAUUGGUACUGGAAUGGAUAAAGAAUAAUGGCGGAGCUGCAGCUAUGGAUAAACUUAGCUUAAUCAAAUCACGAAUGAUUUAUGAUAUUAUAGACAAAUCUAAUGGAUUCUAUGUGUAA